AUGACUCAGAAGGUUAUACUGCGCUUGAUCUCUAACAAGAAAACUAUACUCUUUAAGGUUGACACUUGGUCGUCUGUGAAUCACAAACAAAGUGAAAACGAGAAGAACCAGCAGGAGCAAAUAUGUCAAAUAGCCAAGCUGAUAUCGGCUCAUGUCUCGGAAAUUCUCAUUCAACGGCUUAACAUGGAGGAAAAAUCACAGGUUUCAACUAAGUAUGGCUCUCACAAGGAGAAUCCCAAUAAACAAUAUGCCUCCAGUCCCGAGAUGAAAAAUAAAUAUUCAAAACAAAACCGCCGGGCACGUUCGCAUUCUCGAAAUUCAGAAAAAACAGGGAAUAUUCGUUUUCAUAGUGAAUAUCGACUGAAUAGGACAACCCGCCCCACAGCAACACCAUUGGAGAAUCGAGCCUUUCAAUUGAGACGGAAGAGUUUAGAAGCUCGGAAAGGUUCAGUUAAUCUUAUUUGA